AGGAUGCUUUGGGGGAGGACAGGGAGAAGUACCAGAGAUUGAAGCCAGAGGUACAGACAGUAGACCAGGGUGAGUAGACCACACGGCUAAAGGGGGGACGAAGGGACGCACCGCUCCUCCUCUGCUAGAUUCAAACCUCCCAAUGACUCGGAUAUGAACCUGAAUGGGAUGUAUUUUUACUAAAGGAAUCAACCAGUUUGCCUGUCUUAACCUCUGAGCUGCGCCUCUCUCAGCCUCUGCAAAGGACUUGAUUGGCUACACAGAGAGAGGACAGACGAGAGGCUUCUCCUGGUUCUAGCCUUUCUCUCCACUCUGACCCCGGCUCCUCACCACCAUGACCCUGGCGGCCUCCGAGAGGUCACUGCUCAUCAGAAACAAGUUCCGCUCAGUGCUGCAGCUGAGGAUCCAGAACCGAAGGCAAAAUGAAAUCAAUGCAGAUCCGGGAAAAUCCACCAGUCCACCUCAGAAAACAGACGACGAAAAGAGUGAAGCUCUGCGUCUUUCUGAUGACGGCGCUGCUCAGAAGUUGCCCCCUAGUGGUGUGAAUGCUGAAACUGCAAAAGAGAGGAGCGUGUGCGGGACCCACCGGCACAAGAAGGCACGGCAGGCUCCAGAGCUCGUCGAGAGAGUCCCACGUUUGUCUAGUACCACCGAGCAGCAGCAGGACCACCGGCUCCCCCUAGAGAACCGUACGUCUUGCUUCGCCCUGCCCUCCGAUGUCUUCGAAGAUGACAUCUCCUCUUGCUCCUCCUCCUCGUCGCCCACGGAGCAGCACGGCACCCACAGAUCAGCGGCCUUCCCCUCGUUACCGCUGCUUUCGGGCGAACAGUUACUAAGUGACUUCUCUGCGGCGGGCACACAGCUGCACCACAGCCCAGGUCACACUCAGUCUGGCUUGGCGUUGCUCCCGGCAACCGAGGGCAUCCGACAUCCUCUAAGUGUUACAGUGUGCGAACCCGGCUCCAUGGCAACAAGUGUGCGACCGAACGGGCUGUACCUCCCCUCGGCGACCAUGCCCCUGCUGCCAAAGGCAGCACGGCCCCCCAGUCCAACCUGCAGCUCCACUCCGCCCUCUCUCAACUUAAACCAGAUGCCCCGUCCACGGAAACAGCGGGACAGCAAACCAAAAAUGAAGAAGUUGAAAUAUCAUCAAUACAUUCCUCCGGACCAAAGAGGAACUGCUGGGACGACAGUGGCAGGAGCCAAACAGAAGAGCCCUCCCUCGACCCCAGCGUUAGACCCGGCCUAUUCCCAUUUAGUGAAACAACAGCAGGUUUUCCUCCAACUGCAAAUCCUCCAAAACCAACAACAGCAGCAGCAGAUCACAGUGGUGCCCAGUGGAGAUGCUGGUGAUCAGGUGAAGUCGUCUGGAGCCCUGCCGCUGAACCCACAGCCCGUCCCUGCCGCCACAAACCAGCCCCUGGUGGACCCCAAACCUGCGGCUAAGCUUGAGCUGCUCCCCGCUAACCUGGUGGACCUGACGGUAUCCGAGCUCCGGCAGCACCUGCGUAAGCGCGGCCUCCCAGUGUCUGGCACUAAGCCCGCUCUUCUGCAGAGACUGAGGCCCUUCCAGCUGCCCCAGCCGUGCGUGCCCCCCGUCCCCCUCUGCCAGCUGGGCAUCUCCACGGAGACGCUGCCCACAUCACUCAGUCCAAACCAGAGCCCCAUCUCCAGCGCCAGCUCUGGAUCUGACUCUCCCAGCCAGUGCCCAAGCAAACACAUUUACAUCCACAACCGCAAAAUUCCUAAUGGGAUUGUGAGCGACGCUCCUAGUGGGAUCUUGAGCGAUAUCCCUAAUGCUUUUACAAAUGCCACUUCAGUCAGUCUGGCAGGUGAGCCCUGCACCAUGUUUUUGGCUCCUGCCAGCACUGCCUCGGGGACCCCCAGUCCCAGUCUGCCUAUGUCAUCGUCCUCACCCCUGCAGUGCGGGACCCCCUGGAGGACGGAGACUGAACAGCAACAGCAGCAACGAGAGGAGCUGAAUGUGGAGCUGGAGAUGAGGGAGCGCAUGAAGAGUAGGCCCAGAGACCAUUUAAACAACUCCAGCGAGCUGUCACGUGGGGGCGCUCUACAUCCUUUCCUGCAACAGGACUCAGGAUGCUCAACAGAAAAGCCCAGAAACGAAGAGGAGUUGUUUACACAGCUGUACUGCUGCCAGCCGUGUGACGUGAUUGGUCAGGAUUUUGAGCUGCCUGUGCAGAUUACAGCGAGUCCAGUGCAGUCAUCGCCCGCAGUGCGAAGUUUAGAAGAGGAGCUCCAGGAGGCCAUUCAGAAAGCACAGAUGGACCCUCGCCAGUCACUAGACGACAUUCUGGAUGAGCCAAUCUCCUGCAAUGACUCCGUUGCCGUGUGCGAUGGCAAACCUUCGUCAGACGCCGCCCCCAGCCACUCUCCUCUUCCUCAGAGCGACCAGCUGCAGCCCAAAGAUGACAGCUUCCUCCCGUCUCCUCUCUGCUCCUCUCUUCUGUUGGAGAUGCCUCCUUCUCCUGCUGUCAUACCUCAGAGUCAAGUGAUCCCCGCUCCUCCCCCGCCCCCCCUCUGCACCUCGCCCCUGCCCUUGAACAGGAAGUCCCGAAAACGCCACGCCCCUCCCCCCUUUGACGCAGCCGAAUGGCUUGAGACGCUCACGUGCGGCCUCCUGACUCCGCCCACAGCUCCGUUUGUAGAGCCCGACUUUAGUCUGGACUCGGACCUUAACGUCAAUCGAGUGUUGGAUCUGAUGAUCGAGCAGUGGUGAAUGUACAUGAACAACAGUGAAACAAACAUCUCAACAAGAAAAUACUGUUUCUGAUCUCAUCCAACCACAGCCGAGAGCUCCUCACUGGCUCCACGCAACGUCGAGAGCCACUACACGAGCCUCAGCGCAGUGAUGGACUGUCUCACACACAUUACCAUGCAUUCUUUAAAGCACUUGGACUCAGACAGACAUUUAAUACAAAUCAAUGUUUACAGUAAAAACUAUGGAACACCUGAACCAUAGAAAACAAACAUGAAAACCUGAACUAUAAGAGUCACAUGUAUGAAACCUGAAGCAUCAUACAGACGUGUCUCUGGCAGCUCUGGAGAUGUGACUCAUCUCCAGAGCUGUUCGACUGGAGCGAGUGUGGCCGCUGUGUUGACUCACUCAUUCAUAAAGACUUUUACAGUGUGUCUAAUCUGCUCAGCCCUGACCCCAGAGCCAGACGCACAGUCGGCCCACAGGGGGCGCUGGCACGAGCCACACAUACUGUACUGUUUGUGUGAGUCAACACACAGUGUAUUAUCUCUAUCACUGCCAAAUGCUUUGGUCCAGCCCGUUUGCCUCUGAGUGUCGGUCACAGAGCACAGAGCUCACAGGCUCGGCUCUUUUAAGUCCAGAUUUCUGACAUUCUAUUUUAGCCCCAAAACCCGUGAGUGCCACUGGACAUUUUUACCCCGAGUAAUCAGAACCUCCACAUUAUUAUUACCAUGUUCAAGUCAUUGUUCUCCAGCAAAGAAAUCAAGCAUCUCAAAAUAGUUCCAGUUGUACUAAUGCUCCAAUCAGACCAAUGUGACUUACUAAAUGUUUCUCCCUUUGAUUUUGUACCAAUGAAGCCUGGCUUUUCCAUUCAACAACCAAGUACUGUGUCAAUGCCAGCCAAAUGAAGGCAACUUUUAAUGUUUUAUACAAUUUGACCACACUGUAAAAUCACUCAAAAUUCACUAGAAUGAUUUUUCACAUUCUGCCUAAACCUGGCUUUUCAAAUGGUUUUCAAAAACCUCAUUUUUGUGCGAUUGGUAGCUCAGUAAUUCAGACUUUUUGAGCCAAAACUGUAUUCCCUGAUUAUCCCAUAUGUUCCACGUAAAUCGCUCUCUUUGAAUGGACCAAGUACAGCCCUGUUUGCCACACGGAAAGUUCUGAAAUGGCAAAAAUGUUAAGUGAAAAUUGAAUAUAAUAUAUAAUUUAUCUUUGAUUUGAUUUAUCUAAAAGCUCUACACUGAUUAUGAGGAGGGGCCAAGAACAGAGGACGUUAGAUUCAGAUGUACUUCCACAUAAAGACGAUGAGUGAAUUCAAAUGUUACACAGCACUUUUUAUUAGUGCAAUGGUAACUUGUAUUAUUUAAAAUGAUCUUAUCUGAUAUUUAUUUUUUCUCUUAUAUUUGAUGUAUUUGAGCAAUUUGCUUUCAGUUAACGCCGUCUCAGACUCAUUGUGAAACUGGAGAGCUGUUAUAAGUUAAACAGUCCUGUGCGUUUUAACUGUAUGUCAUUUCAAACACUGUUUUUUUUUGAGUGCAAUAUCAUGUGACCUCUAUGCUGCAGUAUUUUGUCUGUUUAAAGGUACACUGCGUAACAAAUCACCUGCUUUGUUUCCCAUGGAGAUGUUAUUGCUUUGCCAAAAAUGCUCCACGGUACGGCAUUGAACUUAUUUAUCUCCAUGGAGACGAGCAGGCGACACCAAGAGGCCUAUGUACAGGUCAGAUCUGAGCAAAAAAAACCACACCUGCAAUUAAAUAAAUGUAAGAUAAGUCCCAAAGCAAUAACAGCUCCAUGGAGACAAGCAGAAAAAGUUACACAGUGUACCUUUAAGUAGCUAUCCAAAUGUGACCUGAAGGAGAAGGCACGGAUUGCAUUGCAGCUUCACGACAACGCUUUGACCACAAUAACAGAAAAGUACACCAGCAUGCGGACGGGUUGCUGUGAAAAUCAUAGUAAUCAAUAGGCGUUUUGGUGCAUAAAAAGAGAGUGAGGCGGGAGAGUAAGAUGCUACCUCCCGUGUCUUCCAAAGCUUUUGUGUUUUCUAUCGUCUCUCUUGUUCAUUUCCACUGCGACAGACGUCCAGUUGUAGCCUGAAGGCCCACGCUGUUCCCCGUGUUGGACGAGUUAAACACUGGUUAAUAGGUUGAUUAUAUUUCAGAUGGAGGUAAUGAGCCUUUUACAGAUUCAUGGGCAAAUCACUGUGCUGUAUUUGAAAGAAAUACUUCGAAAAUCCCCUUAUGUUGCCUUCUAAUUUCUCUCAGUGAAAAAGUACAUUGCGUUCAGACGUAAGGAAACACGCCAAAUUUCUUCUGGUUGUUUAUUUUUUGAACGUGAGGGCUACUGUCGGCCAUAACAGUGUCCAAAACAGACGAAAAAUACCUUUACGUCCUAAUCGGCACGUUUUAAAUCUGAUUUUAAAGUACGUAGUUUGGCAAAUAAGGAUGUCAAAUGUGUUAACUUGGUUUGUGUUAAUAUUUUUCUAAGUUCUAGGUCCAUCCGCAUCAUCUAAUCUUCAAAAUGUGGCUUUAAUCGAUCGCGACAAGGGCUUAUAACUAUGAGUUUCACAGCCUUGUGGAGUCAAUCCCGAACCAACAAAUUACAACAUUUAUGGAUUUUUUUCAGAGAUUUCUUUCAUAAACAGUGAUACUUCCCAACACUUUUAGUCCCCUUCGCUCCAUCUGAAAUUAUAACAUCAGAUUAUCGUGUCAGGAAUGCAGCCUAAAGUAUAAUCUAGUAUUUAAUAAGACUUCAUACGGAAACACACAAGGGUCAAACACAACUGGGAUUCUGUGGGCCAUUUUUUGCUGCUAAACUUGCCUUUAGUGUUUAUUUAUAAUGUUAAAGUUACUUGUGCCAAAGGUGACAGCCCUGUAAAUGAUGUAAAGCAAAAAAUUAAAGUCUUAAUAGAUUUUCA